AUCAGGUAGGCGGAAGUAACUGAUCGCGUUACGAACAAAAAAAUCUUAAUCACAUCUUCCUCAUUCCAGGACACCUUAAAACAUUUUAUCGUGUUCAUUGUAAUCUACUGAUCAAAAUCUAUGGAAGCAGAAAACAAGCAUGCCUUUUCCUCGCUUUUACGAUUUAUAACUUCUAUAACUGUGUACAAAAUGUUAUAUUAUUGCUGUGAAAUCUUGAUACUAGUAUGCAAAAAGCGCACAGCACAAAAGUAUUAAUAAACUUUUUGUUAUAUAAAAUAUUGUAUGAAGCACGUAUGAAUAAUUGUCUUUUCUUUGUGGACAAGAUUUUUGUAUGCUGGACAAUAGGAAGAAGAACGAAAAACAUCUCGACGGACAAAAAAUAAAGAAAGCUAAAUGGAGCUGCCAUCAUCGAGCAAUGAAAUAACUCGAGGACAUGAACACUAUCUGAUGCAUUUAUUGUUAUUGGAACAAGCUUCUCCAAUCGCAUUAAAGGCCGUUAUAAAAAGAGAUGAGAAGAAAUGUGGAAAAGAUAUUGGUAUUUUGUUAAAAGAGAAAAGUGAUGCCUUUAAGACCCAGUACGAAACAGAGUAUCUUCAAAUAUUUCAAGAAGAAGAUGUCAAUGACGACAUUGAUACGUGGGACACUCUUCAAUUAUGCGCUGUGAUAUUAGUGUUGUUUAAAUCUGAUCUAACUGAACCAGAAGUUAAAGCCAUUCUAUGUAUAUAUGAUCAGAGGAAAGAUAUUGAACAAUACACCGAAUGUGCCUCCCUUACAUUCAAUACCUACCAAGAGAAAGAACAUUUAUUGCACGAACAAUUACUCGAGUUGAUAACACUCAUAGACGACCAAUCUAAUCUUGUUUGUAAACGUAUGAUGUUUUCGUUUGAAUCAAAAUCAAUGAAAUUAAGCAACCCACAGAUAGACAAACUAACACGGACAAAUGAUAUCAAAACUCAUCUUAAAAUUGCAAAAGAAGUAGAUGUCGAAACAGUGAAUGACACCACUGGCAAAGAGAAUGAUCAAAAGUUACGCACAAAUGGCCACAUGUUUACUGAAGAACUUCAGAACAAAAAUGUCUACAUCAAUGAUUCAGCAAUUUUGACUUGUAAUCUUAACCUUCCAACAAAUGAAAAUGUUGAGUGGAGGAAAGACUACAAGCCGGUUGAAAUUUCAAACAAUUUAAUGGUCAUGAGCAGGAAUGGCAAUCACUGGUUAGCGAUUUCCCGUGCAUCAUUGGAAGAUACGGGUCAAUAUACGUGUGUAUAUGGCCAUAUUUCAACAUCAGCUGAUCUUACUGUUAUAGAUGAAGCAUUAAGUGUGGUCGUUCAUUUCCCAGUCAAGGUUGAGGUUAUUGAAAAUGAAAACAUUGAUAUAGAGUGUAAGGUGACACUGCUUACGAGUAAACCUAUCUGGCGACACAAAGGGAAACUACUACAAUCAUCUGGUAGAAAGGUUAUACAAGCAAAGGGCUCUACACACAAAUUGAUUAUCACGAAUGUAACAUUAGAGGACGAGGGAGAAUAUACAGUUGACUUUGGGAAUGUCUCAUCUAAAACAACAGUUCAAAUACAAGUGGAAACUGACCUUAUCCACAGAAAACAGAUAACACAAGAAUUGUACAGAAACUGGAUGAGAGGAGCUCUAGCGUUAAAAUAUUUAAAAAUAGGUUUAGAAGGUUUUUCCGACAAGGCUGUUUGCAAACAACAUAAUGAUCUAAUGAAAAAAUUUGGAAACUCCUGCAGCACUUGUACAGAGGAAAGUCUUCUUCCACAUGAACAAGAUCAAUGCCCACGACAAAGAAAACAUCAAUGUUUAUGUACCAAAGGUCAGAAACAGAAGUCAAGACAAAUGUGUCCAAACGGGGGAUUUUGUGGCAACGUUUAUAAUCAAAUAGUUUAUAAACAUCGCUUUCAAAAUCCAUUAUUCACAAAUACAGAUAUCCAAAAAUGGAGCAGUGAUGCGUGGAGUGUUGCUACAUGCUUUGUUAAUACAACUGGCUACAAAUGCAAGCGAUCAGCUAAAGAUGUCGACUGCUCCGGUUUACUCAGUAUGUGUAUAAACAACAUUGAUAUAGAAACAAUGCUUGGAGGGGUUACCAUCGAUGGGAAAAUAGAUGCGUUUACAAAGGCAAGGGAAGCGAGGAAUGAUAUUCUUCACAGUCCAAACUAUGAACUAUCUGAAACUCAACUAAAAACGUUUAUAAUAAUGUUCAAAGAAGUACUAAAAAUCAAGGACAAACAUGGUUAUACACCUUUGAAAGGGGAGCCAGGCGUAGAAGAAGCAUUACGUUUACUAGAUAUGGUGCAACAAAACCAGAUUGAGAUAAACCUUGAACAGGAGGUGAGAGAACUAAGAGAGCAUGGGAUGUCUAGAUUAGAAGAGAAAUACCAAACAGCACAAAAACAGCAUGAAUUGAAACUUCAACUGAUAGAACAACAGAUAAAAGAUAAAGAAAAUGAGCUUCAGCUUAUGCUAAAUCUUAGAUCUGCGGGAAAACAAAAGAGUCUUAAAGAGCAAUUCUUGCUUGAUCUACAGAUAAAUGUUAUUGCUAAAAAUGGUGAAAAAAGUGCUGAAGGGAAUCAACGAAUUUAUGAAGUAAUGAGAGACUAUAUUAAAGAUAACGAUGAUAUGACUGGUUCGUCUUUUGAUGAAAGAUCAACUGAUACACCAGUCUAUCACCUCGUAGAUUUCAUCAAGGCCAUAAAGAAAUGCCGUAUCGUUGAUAUUUUUCCCACUGACCAAUCGUCAACAGACAUACAAAUCAACUGCCCAAGUUCGAAGGCCAUGGAAGAGUUUCUUAAAUCUAUCAUCAGUAACGAAUUUCAACAAGAACUGUUUGCGCUUAGACGAUGGUUACUUGUGCAAUGUGACAUUGAAUCGCAUGACAUAAUUGCCAAUUGCUCUUCAAAUGGCAUAGAGAGAGUAAAACAACGGCUUCAUUUUACUGACGUAACCAGAACUAUGACUUGUGCCGAGCAUCAAAAUACACAAUGUACUCUCUAUUGUCCUGACCAUGACACGUUUUUUUGUACAGCAUGCAGGGAAUCAAGACAUGGCACAUGUCAUGGAAUAAAACAGGUAACAUCUGAAAGGUCUUAUGAUGACCAGAAACGUCGUCUAGCCAUCAAAAGUUUAAAAGGAGCUUAUAACGUUAGGAUAGAUAAUACUUUGAAAAAUAGAGAUAAAAAUGAUCAAUUUGAGUGUGAUAUCACUAGUGUGUGUAUGCUUCCUAAUAGUGAAGUUUUCCUUGCUGAUAAUGGGAAUGAAAAACUGAAGAAAUUGGACAGUUCUUACAAGGUUAUAAGUCACUGUGAUGUACCUGAAUUUAUCUGUUCUGUAUGUUAUAUAGGCAAAGAUAUAGCUGUUGCUAGUUCAAGAAGCAAAUCCAUACAGUACGUGAAUGUGUCAGGUAAGAUAAACCUAACACAAUUAGUGACGCUAGAUCAUCAAUGUUUCGAUCUAGCUUGUCACGGUGACACACUCUAUAUUUACAGUGGAGACACAGUUUACAAAUAUGACAAAAACUGUACACAAAAACAAGUUCUCUAUCAUUAUCCGGACAUAAUCGACAGUCCCUCAAUUGCUAUAAGUGACAAUGGUGAGCGAAUCUACUUAAGUACAAAAAAAAGUACAGAUACAGUUCUAACUACAAUAGAUGCCAAAGGAAAUCAUAUAUUCAGUUCACAAUUGGACAAGUUUAGCAUACUUGAUAUAUGUAUUGCUUGUGAAGGUAUUGUUCUUGCAUCAGAUAAAACAAACAAUCUUCAUCAGCUAGAUUAUAAUGGAAAAAAACAUCGGACUGUAGAUGACCUGCAAUUAAGUAUUUUAUUUCCGUAUCAUAUAUGUUUCGACAGAGAAAGAUGUAGACUUAUUGUUAGUGGUUGCGGAGACAUAAUAUAUGUUUACAAAUGCAAGUAUUUGCCAGGUUAGUUCAUAAAAUUGUUUUGGUAAACAAAAAACCAAAUGAUAAAAAAAAACAUUGUUAAACUACUUUUGUUCAUCAAAUUAUUAAGUUUGUAAGUUGGCUUAUUUCUUCCUUGAGUCAUUGCUUAAUAUUAUGAUGCCGCACUUAUUUAUCUUGAAUGUAUUUGUACUUAUAUGUAUAUAUGACAUAACUCUUUUCAUAAUAUAGGUUUAAUAGUUUGUAUUUAAAAUCCAAAUCGAGAUAAUUUAACAAGACAAUCUUGUUAAAAGACUAACGAAUGAAUAGAUGAUUGAGAUUGAUUUAUCUCGUAUACUCUCAUUUCUACUUACAGCCCUACACGUUUACUUUUUGUCAUAUCUUAGCAAUAAGUUUAAGGCAAAAUAUCAAUAAUUAUUUAUAGCUCAUAUAAAAAAACGUCAUUAAAACUCAUCAACGAAAAAAGACACAACAUUGACAUUCAUUGUAAAGACUGCAGACUGAACUUAAAUUAACGUCGUUUUUUAUUAUUUCAAUACUGUAUACAGUGGGUAAAAGAUUGUGUCGUCAUUGCAUCUGCGUCCAUGUAUUCGAGUAGAAAGAAUAAAACCAUUUGAAAUUGAAACCGGUUUGACAUGUAUUGAUGUUUCUUUGUGCAUGUAUUUGUUGUUGUCAAUCAGAUUAUACACAUUAUCUUAUUUAAAUGUUAAUGUAUCUGCUUUGGCCGUUUUGGUUUGAGGACGAUGACUUAAAUUAUAGUAACGUCAAUAAAUUGUUACAGUCAAGCAAACCUGCGAGUUGUUCGAUUGUGUCAUUUACAUUUGUUUCGGGUUUCCUU